GCUCGGAGGGCAGUGGCCAUCGGGGCUAUAGCGCGCAGGUGUCCUGUCGGAGGCGGGGCCCGAGAGGCAGGCAGCGGAUUUCCGGUUCCGGGAACAACGAACGGCCGCGGAGGCGACAGCUACUGCUCCGGAGGAGGCGGCUGCAGAGGAGGAAGAGUAGGACUAGGCGGGAGCGCAGGCUGGUUCCGCGCCAUGGGCCCGCGGGCCUAGAGCGGCGGAAGCUCCCGGCCCGGUGCCAAGCUGGCUGCUGCUGCUCUCCAAGGCCUCCAUGGCUGAGGACUGGCGGGACUGCCCAGCCCUGGGCCCUGGCUGGAAGCGCCGUGAAGUCUUUCGCAAGUCAGGGGCCACCUGCGGGCGCUCAGACAUCUAUUACCAGAGCCCUACAGGAGAUAGGAUCCGAAGUAAAGUUGAGCUGACCAGAUACCUGGGCCCUGCGUGCGACCUCACCCUCUUUGACUUCAAACAAGGUGUCUUGUGCUAUCCAGCCCCCAAGGCCACUUCUUUGCCCACACCCAGCAAGAAGCGAAAGAAGGCGUCAAAACCAGCCAAGGCUCGGAAACGUGAAGUUAGGCCACAGAAGGGUGAGGUCAGGAAAGAGGUCCCCAGGGAGGAGCCCAGAGCGGCCACUGAUGCACCCCCUGCUGCGUUCCCUGCCCCUGGGUGCUGUGAGAAUUGUGGAAUUCGUUUCUCAGGGGAUGGCUCCCGAAGGCAGCGGCUCAAGACGUUAUGCAAGGACUGCCGAGCACAGAGAAUCGCCUUCAACCGGGAGCAGAGGAUGUUUAAGCGUGUGGGCUGCGGGGAGUGUGCAGCCUGCCAGGUAACUGAAGACUGCGGGGCCUGCUCCACCUGCCUCCUGCAGCUGCCCCAGGACGUGGCCUCGGGGCUGUACUGCAAGUGUGAGCGGAGACGCUGCCUCCGGAUUGUGAAGAGGAGCCAAGGGUGCGGAGUGUGCCGGGGCUGUCAAACCCAAGAAGACUGUGGCUGCUGCCGAGUCUGCCUGCGUCCUCCCCGUCCUGGUCUCAGGCGCCAGUGGCGGUGUAUCCAGCGGCGCUGCCUACGGCACCUUGCUCACCGCCUCCGUCGUCACCAUCAGCGAUGUCAGCGACGCCCUCCCCUGACUGUAGCCCCCCCUCCUGGUAAACGUGGCCGCCGCAGGGGAGGCCGUGACUCGAAGGCAGCUCCCCGGAAGCACUCCCGAGCCCAGCCACUGCCUCCCCUUCUCCCGUCGCAGCCUCCAGAACCCACAGAGCUGCACCCCAGAGUCCUGGUCCCCUCGCCACCUGCCGAGUUCAUCUAUUACUGUGUAGAGGAGGACGAGCUACAGCCCUGCGCCAACCGCCGGCAGAACCGGAAGUGCGGGGCCUGCGAAGCCUGUCUGCGGCGGGUGGACUGCGGCCUCUGUGACUUCUGCUGCGACAAGCCCAAAUUUGGAGGCAGCAACCAGAAGCGCCAGAAGUGUCGUUGGCGCCAGUGCCUGCAGUUUGCCAUGAAGCGGCUGCUGCCCAGCACUGGGUCAGGGUCUGAGGACGGGGCAGGAUCACCCCCACUUCAUCCUCGACGGAAGAGAACUGGCGCUGCUCGACGGCCUCGCCUGGGCCCCACCCAGAAGCACCCUUUGCCGACGCACACAGUUCGAUCAGACCAUGUCCAGGCCCCAAUGAAGCAGGAAGCAGGUGGUGGCUUCGUGCUGCCCCCACCUGGCACCGACCUUGUGUUUUUACGGGAGGGCGCAAGCAGUCCUGUGCAGGUGCCGGGCCCUGCUGCAGCUUCCACAGAAGCUGUGUUGCAGGAGGCCCAGUGCUCUGGCCUGAGUUGGGCUGUGGCCUUACCCCAGGUGAAGCAAGAGAAGGUGGAUGCCCAGGAAGAGUGGACACCGGGCACAGCUGUUGUGACUUCUCCCAUAAUGCAGCCUGGCUGCCCUAGCAAGGCAGUAGACGCAGGCCUGCCACCUGUGAAGCAAGAGCCACCUGACCCUGAGGAGGACAAGGAGGAGGAAAACAAGGAUGACUGUGCCUCUAAGUCGGCCCCAGAGGAGGAGGCAGGAGGGGCUGGCACGCCCGUGAUCACGGAGAUUUUCAGCCUGGGUGGAACCCGCUUCCGAGACACAGCUGUCUGGUUACCAAGGUCCAAGGGCCUUAAAAAACCUGGAGCUAGAAAGCAGUAGACUGGAGGCUUCUGCAGACUGUAGGAUUCAAGGUGAUACUUACAGACCGGCUUUUUGAGCAACAACCCUGACCUAGGGGCUGGAUGGUAGACUGACUGCCAGGGCUUGUGUGUCACUCAACCUUAGGAGGAAAAACCUACCACUUAACCAGAGAAGCAGGCCUAGUCUGGCCUCUUCCAGCUGACAGAGGAAGUAAGCGGUGGGUUAAAGGUGGUGCACCUGCUCCUCCCCAGGAGCCUGAGAGUGAUCAGGAGCUGAGGAGCUGAGGUGGGGAAGGGGGUUUAAAAUUAAAGCCACCACAGGACGAUCUAAACACGCCGCCUUCCUAAAUAAUUUAACAUGGUUCCUGGGUGAGACCUGGCAGGGUCUCUAAACAUGUCCUCAGGGAGACAGCAAAUGAAAAUGGAACGUGAGUGAACGGGGCAAGGCCAGGAGCGGCUGCCUGGUGAAUUCCGCCCUUGGACUCAGUUUACUCAGUCCUCAAACAGUCUUUAAGAAGACAUUGGUUUGUCCGUCUUUGUAGAUGGAAUACUGAGACUCAAUGGAAUGAAUGUGUCCAGUGUCACAAACAGCUGAUGCUGGUAGAGCCUAGAGUGACAACCAGGCUGGGAAGGCCUCUGUUAAGCUACUGAACCGUAAACUGCCGUCCUGUGUGCAAUAAUGCAAACUCGUACAGGAGCAGGAGUCUUAGAGACUAGGAAACACACACUGCAGUACUACAAGAGCGGUCAUAAGUCCCUCCCACUCCUGCCUCUGGCGUGGCUUAGGGAGUUGCGUGACUCCCUGCAGCCAGGGUCCCCGUGGUGUCCAAGCCUCACGGGAUUCCUCCAACCCUCGGGGGUCACCCUUGCUACCCGCUGCUCCCCACUUCGCUGCUAUUGUGACUCUUCCUCCCUCAGCCAGAGCAGCCUUUGCAGCUAAAGCUACCAGUCUGGCCCAUCGAUCCUGACAGCAUCCAUUUCUGCCCCAGCCUGAGUGUCUACCAAGAGACUGAAUUCCUGUUUCAAACGUUGCCCAAGGGCUCGUCUUGGCUCAAUCCUACCUCCCUCUCCAAGUCUUCAUUCAUAAAAUGCC